CUAUCCUGAAGUGAACCAGAGUGAACUAUGGCAGAUUUGCAGCCUCUCAAGCCUGUCAUUCACCAGGAUGGUUUUGAGGUUUCCUUUGUAAAACAGCCUCCUCAAGAGAUUCAGUUGGAAUGCUCUAUUUGCCUUCAACUCCUCACUAACCCCUGUCUCUUGGACUGUGAGUGUGGGAACUGUUUCUGUAAAGAGUGUAUCGAUACCAUCAAAAGUAGUGGAAAACCUUGUCCUCUCUGUAACCAACAUUUUCGUAUCAUAUUUCCCAACAAGCAGCUCAAACGCACAAUCAAUGGUCUUCGUAUCCACUGUCCUCAUAAAGAUGAAGGAUGUUUGUGGGCCGAUGAAAUGGGAAAAUUGUCAGAGCAUUUAAAUAAAUUACCAGUGAAUGAUGCUCGAUUAGAAGGUUGUGGAGUUAUUUAUAUCUCUUGUAAAUUCUGUAACUGUUCAUUCCCUCGAAAGGACAUUGAAAAUCAUGAGACUAAUCUGUGCCCGAAAAAACCCUACACCUGUCAGUAUUGCGGCCAAUCCUCUGUCCUCGACGAUAUCACCGAGAACCACUGGCCCCUCUGCCCAAAGUUCCCCCUUCCCUGCCCAUUUGAAUGUGGGGAAAAUCCUCAACGAAAUUACCUUGAGCAACAUGUAUCUAAUGAGUGUGACCUUGCUCCUAUUGAAUGUAAUUUUAAUUACGCUGGAUGUAAGGUUCUGUUUCCACGUAAAGAAAUGCCGGCUCAUCUGAGAGAGAGCAUUGUUGAACAUAUGUCUUUGCUAGCAAUAUCGCACAGAGAAAUUGUACAAGAGGUUAAAGAAUUGAGAAUUGAGAAUCACACUCUUAAUCUAUGUCUCACUAGCAAAGUGGUUGAUAGUAAACAUUUAGAGAAACAGCUCCGGUCAGACUUAGAUACAUUGAAGAAAGAAAUCAAUUCUCUAAAGAGAAAUUUCGGAAAUAAGAUGACGGCACUGAAAAAAGAAAACACGUCCCUCAAACAAAGCCUUGCUGAUACAAGUAGGAUGUACAAAAAUGUACAGUUACAAGUACGAGCGCUUAAUCAUCAGGUUGUAACACUUUUCGCUCAAUCAGGAUCUGCUUCUGUUUCUGACCCUCAGUCUGGUGACGUGUGUGCAAGAAAGCAACCAUCUAUCACCCCCUGUGCACCAGUGUUACCUCCUAUGGUCACUUCUACUAUACCACCAGUGGAACUGAAAAUGCGAAAUUUUAAGCAAAUAAAAGCCAAGAAAAACACAUGGAACUCUGCUCCUUUUUACUCCAAUGAAGGUUACAAGAUGUUACUUAGUGCUAAACCUCAUGGCAUUGAUGGAACUCACAUGUCACUGUAUGUGUACAUCAUUAAAGGAAAAUAUGAUGAGCGUCUUGUAUGGCCGUUUCGAGGUGAAGUCACUGUUACUAUCACUGAUCAAGUUGCUGGGAGAAAUGAGACUACAGGGAUUGUCUACGAUGAUACUUGUGGUGAUUGUGGUAACAGAAGGCACACAAACAGUCUUACCGGUGGAUACGGUUGGCCUUCAUUCUUUGAGCUCCGAUGUCUCAGCCCCAAUUAUUUAAAGAAUGAUUGUCUCAUUUUUGUAGUGGAUCACGUCUCAGUUGCGUGUUUACCGGCGGCCGGAUACUGAGCUCUGAUGUCUCAGCCCUAAUUAUUUAAGGAAGGAUUACCUCAUUUUUGCAGUGGAUCACGUCUCAGUUGAAUGUUGCAGCUCGAUGUUUAUAUUUAGUGUGUGUUGCUAGCACUGUUAUGACUAUGUACGUAUACCUAUACAUGUGUGAUCAUCGGAUCCACAUACAUAUACAUGUACUAAUUGAACCCAUUAUUUUGCUAACAAUGUGUUAACAAAUACCAGAUUACAUGCAUGAUCUAUUA